AUGGAAGAGGGCAAGACUGAAGACGUCCAGGGUAUUCUACGACUUAAUGUGCGAGGAUGCUUAUACACAGCCAGGCAUGAGUCUUUAUGCCGCUUUAAGGAUUCAAUGCUAGCUUCUAUGUUUAGUGGACGCUUUCCUCUAAAAGUGGAUGAAUCCGGAGCAUGUCUAAUUGAUCGAGAUGGAAGCCUCUUUAAAUAUCUUUUGGAUUAUCUUCAUGGAGAAGUUCGGAUUCCUGAAGAUGAACAAAUUCGAAUUGCACUGCAGGAGGAAGCAGAUUAUUUUGGCAUCCCUUAUCCAUACAGUCUCUCUGACCAUUUGGCCAAUGAAAUGGAGACAUAUUCAUUAAGGUCAAAUAUAGAGCUUAAAAAGGCUUUGUUAGAUUUCUGCAAUUCUUAUGAUUUAGUUUGUACCAAACCUACAGUUUGGGUCCUGCACUAUCUCAACACUUCUGGAGCAAGCUGUGAAAGUAAAAUUAUUGGUGUGUAUGCCACAAGAGCUGAUGGGACUGAUGCAAUUAAUAAGGAGCUAGGAACGAAAAUUCAUAGUAAAAGCAUUUACAAAAGAGAAGCUGGAAAUAACGUCCAAUACAUCUGGAGCUAUUACUCAGUAGCUGAGUUGAAAAAGAUGAUGGAUGCUUUCGAUGCCUGGGAAGGGAGAGGUGUCAGCUACUGGAGAGUGCCUCAAGAGCUGAUUGAAUGUUGGACUCUUGAAGAACGCCCUUUGAAAGGCAGUUUGCAUCAUAUGCCUCCAGUUCAUAAAAGACGAUUAAUCGACUUUACUGAAGAGCAAGACUAUUUACCAUGUAAAGCGGGUCCCAAGCCAAUUAGAUUCUCAGGUCCCUCAACAAGUACCCAUAUCAAAGUCAAGAACUCAGCUUCAUUAAAGGUAGCUGCUUGCAAUGCUUCACGUUCUGCAGUGACUCUUAAACGACCCAAUCGUGAAAGUUUGAUGCUGCACAAAGUAGCUCCUGAAACUGUAUCCACAACAUGCACAUCGGUGCCCAGCAAUUCCCAGGUGCCCUGUGGAAGGCAGAGUGCUGACAAUGGGACACCAUGUCAAAUGACGUUCAAGAUCGCAGUGUCUAGGAAGCCCGUAAGCAACCGUGUAGUAAAGCUGAAGCGAACUCCACUUUUUCUUGUGACACCAUCUCAGCCGUCUUCUUCUGUAUCCAGUAAAACGAGUGAACAGGACCGUGCUGCUGUUGAAAUUCCUACUGCUUCUAUAGUACUAAACAAGAAAGAACCAGCUGUAUUAGCAGAGAGUAUUAAGCUUGAGAACGAUGAACUGGAUGGAUAGUGUUUGACUCAGCUUGAUAGACUGGAUAGCUUUGCAUCAUCUGGUCAAAGAAGAGAUCAUCAUCUCAUGUGGUCAUUCAAAGAUUUGGUAGAAAAUUAUGAUGAAAAAGUUCAUGAAAAGUAUAGGGAGAAAUUGUUUUAAGUGAGCACUGAAAUGUGUUUUCUGCUUUAUUUCUAAGUAUUUUUUAGAUGUUGGGAAGGGAGGAA